AAUUCCUAAACACCACCAGCUCUCAUCGAUCACAGCGUUCCACUCUCAAUUGAACUCAAACAUGGAAGCUCUUUUGCCUACUCUCGUUAUGUCUCUCCUACUCUCUGCUUCCAUUGUCACCUCCACUGAAACUAGAAAACCUGUUCUCUAUGUGUUCGGGGACUCGCUGUCCGAUGUGGGCAACAACAACUAUCUCAUUUUCUCCCUUGCGAAGUCGGACUACCCCUGGUAUGGAAUUGAUUACUAUGGUGGCAUUCCAACUGGAAGAUUCACCAAUGGCAGAACCAUAGGAGACAUCAUUGCUGCCAAGCUGGGGAUUCCAUCUCCACCGCCAUAUCUUUCUCUGUCCGAGUACGAUGAUGCCAUGCUCAAAGGUGUCAACUAUGCUUCUGGAGGAGCCGGAAUUCUCAACGAGACUGGAAUCUAUUUCAUUGAAAAGCUCUCCUUUGAUGAUCAAAUUGGCUGUUAUGAGGAGACCAAGGAAGCAAUCACUCUCAAACUUGGAAGAGUGGCUUCUGAGAAACUAAGCAAUGAGGCCAUCUUUUUAGUUGGCCUUGGAAGCAACGACUAUAUCAACAACUUUCUUCGGCCAUUUCUUGCUGAUGGACAUAUUUACACGCUCGAGCAGUUCGAGGAUCUCUUGAUGAAUACCUUGGGAGGCCAGUUGACGAGGUUGUAUUUUGCUGGGGCAAGGAAGGUGAUCUUCCAUGGACUGUCACCCAUGGGAUGCAUUCCCUCUCAGAGAGCGAUAUCCGGCAAUGGCCAAUGCCUGGACUAUGUCAACGACUACGUGAUGCGGUUCAACAAGCGAGUCAAGUAUUUGCUCUCUGUUCUCAACUCCAGGCUUCCCGGUGCGCAAAUGACCUUCGCAGACUGCUACGACUCUGUCUUGGAUCUCAUCAACAGACCAGAAAUCUACGGAUUCAAAAUCUCUCACACGUCAUGUUGCAACGUGGAUACGACGGUAGGUGGCCUGUGCCUGCCAAACUCAAACCUCUGCAGCAACCGAGCGGAAUACGUGUUCUGGGACGCAUAUCACCCCACGGAUGCUGCCAACGAAGUGCUCGCCAAUAUACUGUUCGCUGACCCAGAAAUUGCGAAAGUUCAUCCUGCUCUUGGACGAAAUGCUUCACCCCCUUCCCCUCGAUGAUUGUCAUGUUUCAUGAAGAUGUGUUGUUAUUUCAAUGUUGCACACGAUAUAGCUACUCUCUGGAAUUGAAAGUACCAUUCAUACAAUUUUUAGUAGAACAAUGCCAAUGAUCGAGAGAUGAUGAAUUCUUAUGAAA